AUGGUUUACCCCUUACUCUUUUGCCUCCUGCUUGCUCAACUGGGACUGGGAGCUGCCGGAUUCAGCCGUGACCCACCGGGGCGCCUGGAACCCCAUAGAGAGAGGACCCUUAGAGGGAAGCAGCAUGGCCAUCAGCCCAACAGAGAUUCAGAUUCUUCGACUCUUUGGAGCCGGUCCAUCGACGGCACCAUCUUGGCGCAGAAACUCUCCGAGGAGCUGCCCACAGAGGUGGCCUCUUACCUCUACACAGGGGACUCCCAUGAACUGAAGCGAACCAAUUGCUCCGGCCGCUUCGAGCUGGCAGCGGGCCUGCCGGGGAAGUCCCCCGCCAUGGUCAGCCUGCACCCCUCCUUGCACGGGGCGAUGGACACGCUUAUCUACGCCACCAACUUCCUCAACAUGAUCAAUAAGUCACUAGAGCAGAACUUGCAGGACGACCUGGAGUGGUACCAGGCGCUGAUCCGUAGCCUCUUUGAAGAUGAGCCCAGUAUCUCACGGGCAGCCAUUACCUUCAGCACCGAGUCACUGUCCUCUCCAGCCCCCCAGGUCUUCCUUCAAGCCACUCGUGGGGAGAGCCGCAUCCUCCUACAGAACCUGUCCUCCUCUGCUCACCACUUGGCCAACACCACCCUCGAGACCGAAUGGUUUCAUGGCCUGAGGCGCAAAUGGAGGCCCCAUUUACACCGCCGAGGUUCCAAUCAGGGAAUCCGGGGUCUGGGCCACAGCUGGAGGCUCCGGGACCUCUCAGGAGGGGAAAAGAACCAGGUCAGGUGGUCUCUACCAUACCUGGAAUGUGAGAACGGGAGUUACAAACCUGGCUGGUUGGUCACUCUCUCCACCCCUUUCUACCGGUUCCAGCCUAAUGUGGUCCCUGAAUUCAGGGGGAUCGUGAAAGUUGACAUAAAUCUUCAGAAGGUGGAUAUUGACCAGUGUUCAAGUGAUGGCUGGUUUUCAGGAACCCAUAAAUGCCAUCUGAAUAAUUCGGAGUGCAUACCAAUUAAAGGCCUUGGAUUUGUGCUUGGAGCCUAUAAGUGCAAUUGCAAAGCAGGAUUCUAUCAUCCCCGAGUCUUUUCAGUGAACAGCUUUCAGAAUCACCAUUUUGCUGGGGAUGAGAAGCUGGAGGAAGUCCAUAUCUGUUUGCCAUGCAGGGAAGGCUGCUCCUUUUGUGCUGAUGACAGACCCUGCUCUGCCCAAGAAGACAAGUAUUUACGGCUGGCCAUUAUCUCCUUCCAAGUCCUGUGUAUGCUGCUUGAUUUCAUUAGCAUGUUGGUUGUCUACCACUUUCGCAAAGCAAAGAGCAUCAGAGCAUCUGGACUGAUCCUAUUGGAAACGAUUCUUUUUGGGUCUCUCCUACUGUACUUUCCGGUGAUUUUACUGUACUAUACACCAAAGUCUUUUAUGUGCUCAUUGUUGAAAGACUCUGUGCCAUUGAAUUUCUGCAUUUUUUUUGCACUGAUCACCAUGUAACAUUUCUGUCAUUUGUUUUUUUCCAGGGUUCUGAAGGUUUUCCUUUCACGAACAGCUCAACGUAUUCCCUAUAUGACUGGUGGCCGAGUCAUGAGGAUGCUGGCAGUAAUUCUCCUGAUCGUAUUUUGGUUUCUCAUUGGUUGGACCUCAGCUGUCUCCCAAAAUUUGGAGAGGCACAUCUCACUCAUUGGACAGGGGCGAACAUCAGACCACCUCAUCUUUAACAUGUGCCUCAUAGACCGCUGGGAUUACAUGACAGCAAUUGCUGAAUUUUUAUUCCUCUUGUGGGGUGUUUAUCUCUGCUAUGCAGUGCGGACAGUCCCAUCAGCAUUUCAUGAGCCACGUUAUAUGGCUGUUGCAGUUCACAAUGAGCUCAUUAUCUCUGCUAUAUUCCAUACAAUUAGAUUUGUUCUUGCUUCAAAACUUCAGUCUGACUGGAUGCUGAUGCUAUAUUUUGCACAUACCCAUUUGACUGUGACAGUCACCAUUGGGUUACUUUUGAUUCCAAAGUUUUCACAUUCAAGCAAUAACCCAAGAGAUGAUAUAGCAACAGAAGCAUAUGAAGAUGAGCUUGACAUGGGCCGGUCAGGAUCAUACCUGAACAGCAGUAUUAAUUCAGCUUGGAGUGAGCAUAGCUUGGACCCUGAGGAUAUUCGGGAUGAGCUAAAGAAACUCUAUGCACAGCUAGAAAUCUACAAAAGGAAGAAGAUGAUUACAAAUAAUCCACACCUCCAGAAAAAGCGGUGCUCCAAAAAGGGCCUCGGUCGUUCCAUCAUGAGACGCAUCACUGAGAUCCCUGAAACAGUCAGCAGACAGUGUUCUAAGGAGGACAAGGAGGUCAUGGACCACAAUGCAACCAAAAAUGCUGUCAUUAUGAGGAAAAACCCACAAGAAUCCUCCAGCGGCACUGGGAAAGCAAAGGAAGAGUCUCUAAAAAACCGUGUCUUCUCCUUAAAGAAGUCCCACAGCACUUACGAUCAUGUUAGAGAGCAGUCCGAAGAGUCCAAUAGUAUCCCAACAGAGAACGAAGAAGCGGAGACCACAGAGAACUCUCUAUUGGACUCCCUUCCAGGUAAAAAAGUCAACAAGCGUAUUACAGAAAACAUGGAGGCUGCAUCCACUGAGUCAGUCCCUUUGGUGUGUAAGUCAGCAAGUGCUCACAACCUCAGUUCAGAAAAGAAGCCGGGGCACCCAAGAACAUCUGUGUUACAAAAGUCUCUCAGUGUUAUAGCAAGUGCCAAGGAGAAGACCCUUAGUUUGACUGGGAAAGCAUCAAUUCAAGGCCUGGAAGAAAGUGAUAAAUCCCCCAAACCGCCACUCAAAGGUAAAGAGUUCAAUCGAAAACAUUCCAACCCUGAAAAAAUAGAGACUAAAGAUUCUGCCCGGAAAAAUUCCACUCCUGAAGAACCAAGGAAACCCCCCAAAUCUGGAAUUAUGAAACAGCAGCGGGUUAGUGUACCCACCACCAAUUCUGAAAUAGGCACAGGUUCAUUAAAGGAUAAUUUUGACAUUGGGGAAGUGUGUCCUUGGGAAGUUUAUGACUUGACACCAGGUCCUGUGCCUUCAGAAUCAAAAGUUCAGAAACAUGUGUCCAUUGCAGCUUCUGAAAUGGAGAAAAACACUCUUCUUCACCCAAAGGAGAAACUUCAACCCAAGCCUAAACCCAAUGAAGGAUAUCAGCAAUCCAAUCACAGAAGCAUCGACAAAACUGAGGUGUGCCCUUGGGAGAGUCCAGAACAGUGUGUUUUUGAAGAGGAAAAACAGCAUUUGAGUGCUAAAACUCAGAUUCUCCCCGGGGGUGGGAAAGGUGAGAUUGCCAGUCAGCAUCCUUCAGCCAAGGUUUGUGUAGGUCAAUACGAUGAACUGCCCUCAAAAGUUGUAGCAUCAAAAGUAGAGCAAGAAAAUACCAACCAAAUAGGAGACCAGAAAAAAACGUCUUCCUCUGAGGGAAAUGUGCUUUCAUCUGCCUCCUUUAACUCCAGUAAUAACUUUCAGCAGCCUUUAACAUCACGAGCGGAGGUGUGUCCCUGGGAGUACGAGGCGCCGAGCUUACCAAAUGCUGAGAGAAGUGUAGCUUUAUUGGCCUCUUCUGCUUCAAGUGCAAAUAAAACACCAACUCUCCGCAAAUAA